AUGGAUGAAGAAUUUUAUGUAGACCCGAGAGGAAGGAGUGGUGGCUUGGCAUUAUGGUGGAAGCUGGAUGUUACUGUGAAUAUAUGGUACCAUUCCAAAAAUAUUAUUCAUAUGAGCCUUGAUUCUUCGACUAUGGCAGCACCUAAGUAUGUGACCUGUGUAUAUGGGGCACCCCGUAUUGAAGAUAAGAUGGCAGUGUGGAAUAAGAUGAGAAGUAUUGGUGCUAAAAUAAAUGAUUCUUGGAUCUGCUCUGGAGAUUUUAAUGAUGUGCUUUCAAUUUCUGAGAAAGUGGGAAGAAUUCCAGCAGAUAUAAGGAGAAUUAUGAACUUUCAAUGUAUGCUUGCGGAUUGUCAACUUAUGGACUUGGAUUAUCAUGGUGCUUGGUAUACUUGGUGUAACAGAAGGCUGGGAACUGACCAUAUCAAGGAACGGCUAGAUAGGGCCUUUGGAAACACUGAAUUCAGAAUGAUCUUUCAGAAGGCGGCGGUGCUUCACAUCAAACCAGUGGGAUCUGACCACCACAUGCUUGUUAUUGACUGUGAUUAUAGGUAUGUGAAGGUUCCAAAAUUAUUCAGGUUUGAGGCAGUAUGGGCUGAACAUGAAGAUUUCCUACCUAUAGUUCGCAGAGGUUGGAGAAUUAGAGAAGGGAUUGAAGGAGCCAGUGUUGAUGAUAUUGUAACCAGACUCAAAAACUGUAAAAAAAUUCUGCUAGGAUGGAGUAAAGAAGCUUUUCCAAAUGCAAAGAAGCUGAUUGAGAAUUUAACUUUGAAACUCUCAGUUUGCAACAGUGGAAUCCUUGAUGAGGCUAGGAGAGAGGAGGCAGAUUCUUUGCUAAAACUAAUUGAGGAGGCUUGGGAGAGGGAAGAAAAAUACUGGUGGCAAAGGUCAAGAAUUAAUUGGCUUUCUGCAGGAGACCGAAAUACAAAAUUUUUUCAUUCAUGUACUAUCCAGAGAAGAGUGAGGAAUAAAGUGGUUAAGCUAAAAGGGGAAGAUGGCGAGUGGUUGGAGGAGGAGAAAGAUAUAAAUGAUGCUUUUUCCAAGUUCUACUCUGAGCUCUUUGCUUCAGGUGGCAGAAGGAAUAUGGAGGAAACUUUAGUUUAUGUUGAUAAAACAGUAUCUGAAGAAGAUAAUAAAAAGAUACAGAAAGCUGUUACAAUGGAGGAAAUCAAGCUGGCUGCUUUUCAGUUGAAUGGGUUAAAAGCCCCAGGUCCUGAUGGCUUCUCUGGUUGUUUCUACUAUGCAGCUUGGGGAGAAAUAAAUGGUGAACUAGUUGAGAUGAUAAAGGAUUUUUUUGAUCACAAGGUAAGUUUGCAGCCUAUUAAUAAAACCAACAUUGUCUUAAUCCCAAAGGUUGAUGUUGCAGAAAAGGUUGGUCAAUUUAGGCCAAUAGGUCUUUGUAACUUCGUUUACAAGAUAAUUUCUAAGGUGUUGGCCAACAGAUUGAAACCUUUGUUGAUGAGAAUCAUUUCUGAAAAUCAGAGAGCCUUUGUAGCUGAAAGGUUGAUCCAGGACAAUAUAAUAGUAGCCCAAGAAGCUUUUCAUUAUUUGAAAAAUAAAAAGAAGGGUAGGAAAGUGGAAAUGGCAGUAAAGAUAGAUAUGAAUAAAGCCUAUGACAGGCUAGAAUGGUGCUUUAUUGAGGCAGUAAUGAGGAGGAUGGGUUUUGGUGAAACGUGGAUUGGAUGGGUGAUGGAAUGUGUUAGCUCUGUCAGUUUGGACUUGAUGGUGGGGGGAAGAAAAAUAGCUGAUCUGAAUAUGGAAAGGGGUAUUAGACAAGGGGAUCCUUUGUCGCCUUAUCUCUUCAUCAUUGCGGCUGAUGUACUCUCAAAAAUGGUACAAUGGCAUGUGGAUAAUAAUAGGCUGCGUGGAAUAAAGCUUGCAAAUCAGUGCCCAGUUUUGUCUCACUGUUUUUUUGCAGAUGAUGCCAUCUUCUUCAUUAAUGCAAGAAAGCAGAAUUGUAGGGUGCUGAAGAAGAUUUUUGAUGCUUAUUGCAACGCUUCAGGUCAGGCUAUUAAUAUUGAUAAAUCUUGUGUCUUCUUCUCAAAAAACGCAGAUGAAACCCAGAAAAAAGAUGUAUAUGAUGAACUGGGAAUUAAAGCAAGUACAGAUCCUGGGAAGUAUUUGGGAUUGCCUUUACUGUGGGGAAGAUCAAAAUCUAAGGCUCUAGCUUUUGUAAAGAAUAAAUUGGGCAGCAAAUUACAAGGGUGGAAGCAGAAGCUGGUGACCUUCGCUGGGAGAGAGAUCUUGAUAAAAGCUGUGGCAAAUGCUAUUCCUAUAUUUCCCAUGUCUUGCUUUAGUUUUCCUAAAAAUUUCUGUAGAGAACUUGAUAGUUUGAUUUCAAGAUUCUGGUGGGGGCAAAAAGAUGAGGAAGGAAGAAUUCAUUGGAAGUCUUGGAAGUCUUUAAGUGCUCCUAAGAUGGAAGGGGGAUUGGGAUUCAGAGAUUUGGAGCUGUUUAAUCUUGCUUUGCUGGCAAAGACAGCCUGGAGAAUUUUACUAAAUCCUGAGGAUUUUUGGUGCAGGAUUUUAAAAGGGCUAUAUUUUCCAGAAUGUGAUUUCCUAAAUGCAAAAAAAGGAAAUAAAGCUUCUUGGUGCUGGUCAAGUAUUUUGGAGGGUAGGGAGCUGUUGAAGGAGAAUUUGUGUUGGAAGAUUAAUGAUGGUGGAAGUGCGAAAAUUUUCACUGAUAAAUGGCUGCCAUCUGUUAAAGGUUGUAAACUAAGAGGUAGAACGUUGGAGGAUGAUAAAAAAGAUUUAUAUGUGAAGGCUUUAAUUGUUAAUGGAAAGUGGGAUUUUACACAAGUUGAGGGAAUUUUGAGUGAUGAGGAAAAAGACUGGAUAAAAAUGAUUAAACUCCCUGGUUUGAAUUGUGCUGAUAGACUAAUUUGGCUGAGAAGUAGAGAUGGGUUUUAUUCGGUCAAGAUGGGAUACAGAGUAGCAAAGGAGAAAGCAGAAAAAAUGGAGAAAAAAGAUCCUACUACCUCUUAUAAGCCUUCAAAAUCUCUUUGGAGUGGUAUAUGGAGGAUUAAAAUGCCCCCAAAGGUUCUGCAUUUCAUUUGGCGAGCUAUCAACAGUGCCUUGGCAACAAAGGAAGCUUUAUUUAGAAGGAAGUGUUCUUGUAGCCCUAUGUGUGAUAUCUGUCAAAUUCAUCCUGAAUCUGUUGAACAUAUGUUGUUUCUAUGUCCCUGGGCACAAAAGUGCUGGUUUGGAUCUCCUCUUACUUUGAAAUUUAAAGAAGUUGGAUUGAGUAGCUUUGGUAGAUGGUUAGAAGAAUGGUUACAGAUGAAAGAAUGCCCUGGAAAUGAUGAAAUUGCCCUCUUUGCAGGUAUCUGCUGGGGUAUAUGGAAAGCAAGAUGCAAAUUCAUCUUUGAAAAAGUAGAAGUGGAUCCAUGGCUUUGCGUGGCAGGGGCAAUGAGACUGGUCAGAGACUUUUCUGAGGCUACUGUGCGUAAUAGGAGAAGGUUGACUUCUUCUAAUAUUGAGGAAAGGAAGGAGAAAUGGGUAAGACCUGUUAGGGGAAGAAUAAAACUUAAUAUAGAUGCAGCUUUUUGUCACAAGAGCGGAAGGGCAGCAGUAGGAAUUGUUGGAAGAAAUGAAGAAGGUGAGUUCAUUGGUGGAUUAGGGAAGGAGGUGGAAGUUGCCACUCCUUUUAUGGCAGAAAGUCUUGCUUUAAUAGAGGCUUACAAGUGCGCUGAUUUUCUACAAGGGAAGAUGGUGACAGUAGAAACUGAUUGUGCAGAAUUGUUUAAUAGAAUGAAGAAGGGAAAUGUUGAAGGAAGUGAGUGGCAGAGCAUCGAAGUUCUAAAGAUGUGUUUGAUGUUGCAAGGCUCCUUGAUGAGCUGGGAUUUAGCCUUGGUUUCCAGGUUGGGGAACAAAGCUGCUGAUCAUUUAGCAGCUAAUGUUAUGAGAGGCAUGGUACCUCACGGAUGGCUAUCUCAGCCACCAUCCUCUCUUUGGCUUUUAUUGCAAUUGGACCUUGCUAAUUCGUUUGCUGAUGAUAUGAUCAGGGAAGGUUGUAUGUUUAGGGCUUUGUGA